UCCCCAUCUCCAACUCAAACUUUGCCUUUUGCCUCCUCUCGAUUCUAUUUCAUUUCCUUCCUAAAAAGCCCUGCACCGUUCCCUCCCCGAAAUCCCCAAAAUGUCCCGCGUCGACUCCGACUCGUCGUCUCCUGCCCUCAGCCGAGACUGGUUCUUCCCUUCCCCUUCCCCUUACUGCGCCCACCCCUCCUCCCCCGCGAAAACCCCGAAGUACCCCCGCCGGUUCUCCACCAACCCAAGGCCAAGGGCCUACUCCUCCUCCACUUCCCUAGACUCGAAGCCUCCCAAGCCGCCGUCCUUCCGCUCCGCUCCUCCGGUCAACUCUUCUCCAUACCGCGAGGCCAGCUAUGCCGGAGCCCGCCGGAGGCUCGGUCCCUCCCUCCGAUCGGACAGGUUGUCGGUGGCCCGCGAGAAGAAGGCCGCCUCAAGCAGGGACGGCGCCGCUUCGAGCGCCGGUUCCGAUCGGAAACCGGAGGCGGCCCCAGCGGAGAAAGUUCCGUCGCGAGGCCAAGUGAACUUGGAUUUGCGGGGGAGGCUCCGGCUUCGGUGGCGCAUGGCGCUUGUAGUGGCGAUUGUGUUGACGGCUUUCAGUUCGGUGGUGCACAAGAAUUUCAGUUUACGUAGCCAGGUCGGGGAUUUGCAGGGGCAAAUUUCUCAACUUAGGAUUACACUGCAAGCCUGCAGUUUAUCGGAUUUAGCAGAUGUUGAAGGUUCUAUAGAUGAGCAGAAUCAAGAUGGAUCUAAUAAAAGAUUUAAAAACAUUGCUCUGAUAAGCUCGGUCUCCGUAUUAUGUAUUCCUAUUCUGUUGUUCAAGUGCAUUGACAAAGUCCCAAGGUCAAGAUCAUCAGACAGUAUUUUGGAAGAAGUAUCUUUGAGUAAGCAGCUAGCAUAUCGAUUGGAUGUAUUUUUCUCGGUUCAUCCAUAUGCUAAGCCAUUGGCAUUGUUGGUUGCGACAUUACUUCUCAUCUGUCUGGGAGGACUUGCACUUUUUGGUGUCACAAAUGAUGGCAUAGCAGAUUCUCUUUGGUUAUCGUGGACAUAUGUCGCUGAUUCAGGCAAUCAUGCUAAUUCAGAAGGUAUUGGUCCAAGGUUUGUUUCAGUUUCGAUUAGUUUUGGAGGAAUGCUUAUAUUCGCGAUGAUGCUUGGACUUGUUUCUGAUGCAAUCUCCGAGAAGUUUGACUCCUUGAGGAAAGGCAGAAGUGAAGUUGUUGAGCAGAACCACACCUUAAUUCUUGGGUGGAGUGAUAAAUUGGGAUCGUUGUUGAAUCAGCUGGCCCUAGCAAAUGAGAGUUUGGGUGGAGGCACCAUUGUGGUGAUGGCUGAAAGAGAUAAAGAGGAAAUGGAACUUGACAUUGCUAAGAUGGAGUUUGAUUUCAGGGGAACAUCUGUUAUAUGCAGAAGUGGCAGCCCUCUUAUUUUGGCUGACUUGAAAAAGGUCUCUGUCUCCAAAGCCAGAGCAAUAGUCGUCCUUGCUGUAGACGGUAAUGCGGACCAGAGUGAUGCUCGUGCAUUAAGGACAGUCCUAAGUUUAACUGGAGUUAAAGAAGGGCUAAGAGGGCACAUCGUGGUUGAAUUAAGUGAUAUUGACAAUGAAGUUCUCGUUAAACUUGUUGGCGGAGACCUUGUUGAAACUGUUGUGGCACAUGAUGUGAUUGGUCGCUUGAUGAUUCAAUGUGCCCGGCAGCCUGGAUUGGCACAGAUUUGGGAAGAUAUCCUUGGGUUUGAAAACUGUGAGUUUUACAUCAAAAGAUGGACCCAGUUAGAUGGCAUUCAAUUCGAGGAUGUGCUUAUAAGUUUUCCUGAUGCAAUACCUUGUGGAAUCAAGGUUGCAUCUUGUGGUGGUAAGAUUAUCCUGAAUCCUGACGACUCCUAUGUUCUACAAGAGGGUGAUGAAGUUCUUGUCAUAGCAGAAGAUGAUGAUACAUACGCUCCAGCAGCAUUACCAAUGGUCAAAGAAGCAUCAUUCACAUACAUUCCCCUUCCAGCGAGCAAGUCACAGAAGAUUCUACUUUGUGGAUGGAGGAGAGACAUUGAUGAUAUGAUUGUGGUAUUGGAUGCAUCUCUAGCACCUGAAUCAGAGCUCUGGAUGUUCAAUGAGGUUCCAGAAAAGGAGAGGGAAAAGAAGCUUAUUGAUGGUGGUCUUGACAUUAGCAGGCUUGCAAACAUAAAACUAGAAAAUCGAGAAGGAAAUGCAGUUAUACGGCGUCACCUGGAGAGUCUCCCUCUGGAAUCUUUCAAUUCAAUACUAAUUCUUGCUGAUGAAUCAGUGGAAGAUUCAGCCAUUCAAGCCGAUUCAAGAUCUCUUGCCACAUUGUUGUUAAUUCGUGAUAUACAGGCAAAGCGUCUCCCUUACAGUGUGGCCCCUUCUCGCAGAGGAAAUUUCUCACAAGGCUCUUGGAUGGGAGAAAUGCAGCAGGCUUCUGAUAAAUCAGUAAUCAUAUCUGAAAUACUGGAUCCAAGGACUAAAAAUUUACUAUCUAUGUCCAAAAUCAGUGAUUACGUUUUGUCAAAUGAGCUUGUCAGCAUGGCUUUGGCAAUGGUUGCCGAGGAUCGCCAGAUAAAUGAUGUUUUGGAAGAGCUCUUCGCAGAGGAGGGAAAUGAGAUGCACAUUAGACCGGCAAAUCUUUACCUUGGUGAAGGUGAAGAAUUGACUUUCUAUGAACUACUCUUACGCGCUCGACUGAGGAGGGAAAUUAUGAUAGGCUAUCGGUUAGCCAAUGCAGAGAAAGCUGUCAUAAAUCCCCCAGCAAAAGAUGAGCGCCGAACGUGGUCGGUGAAAGAUGUUUUUCUUGUUAUUGCUGAAAAAGAAUGAUAGGUUCAUAUUGCAAGGCCAGAACAUAUACUCAUCAGAAGCGAAACUCUCAACUGGGCAAGUACUUGUGUUAUUCUCUAUAUACUUUGCGACAGCGAUGCUUAUGCCAUUAAAACUGAUCAUACCCCUCU